UUUAACUUAUAUGAUUACAAAAUUAAUAAACCAAACAUUUGAAUUUUUUUUGGUAAAUAGAAGGAAAGAACUUCUAUCCUUAUAGUAUUGAUUUUUGUUAAAAAUGGUAGGUAACAAUUCAGAAAAUGCAUGCAGAUCUAGAGGUAAGGUAAGAGGCUGCUUUGCACCUUAAUUGGACUUUUAUGAACCAGUUGUCCUGCUCAAAUGUACAUUUAUCUAUCAUUUUAUGUGAUCAGAGGAUCUGAAAAACUCACAGAUGCAAUUUUGCUGGAGCAGUCGAUAAAAAAUAAGCAUGAAUCAAAUAAGUGGGAAGAAUACAGAGGAGCAGCAGUAUUGAGAAAUCAUGGAUCAUCGGCAACCAACAGUCAAAAAAAGAUAUUCCCAUCCAAAAGGACAGUUUUUCUUCAACCUGAAUCUCGUGGACAUAUUGAAAAGUCUAACAGCUCCAGCAGCAUAUCAACAUCGAGCUCUGAUAGCUCAGGACAACAUAGACCAAAAGAUAACAACUCCGUAAGCCCGAAUACUUCUAAUGACUCGAGCACCUCAAAGAAACUCCUGAGCAACAAUGGAUCAUUUGAAAAGGAAAAAACAAUUUUAGAUUAUUUGAUAAUGGAAUACCGUGAUCAUCAAAAAUCAGCGAAAGACUGGCAUGGCAGCUCAGCUCCUGAUGGGGACAUGGCUAAUUCAAAUAAAAGCUACAUAAGUGAAAAGCUAGAAGGAAGAACGUAUGAAACGAGUGCCCAGAUAGAGAAAUAUAGAAAUCAAUCUAUAGCACAGACACAGGAACUGGAAUUAUCAGAGUCAGAAUUACAGAAUCUCCACACAAUGGAGAGCAACCGUUGGAAGAUACUACUAAGAAAAUUGAAUAGCCUACAAGGAGAGAGAGACGCACUUAAAAGAGAAUGUGAAGAACAUAAAGCAUCACAAAGGAAGGCUGAUAAUGAAGAUGAUCCAAAUAAGUUGCAUCCUCGCAGUAAAACCCCCUUGGAUAUUGAAGAAAUCAAACAAGAGCUGCAGUAUGAAAGAAGCAUAAAUGCAAAUCUUCGUUUGCAGCUGCACAAAACGCAGGAAGCUAACUCUGAGUUGAUUCUUGCAGUACAAGAUCUGGAGGAACUGCUGGAACAGGAAAAUAGAGAAACUUCUUGUAUAAACUGUACCGAAAUCUCAAUCAAACGACUUACAGAAAAUAAUAUUUCAGAAAUAAACUUCAAUGAAAGAAACUCACAUCUGCAGGUUAGCGAAUGUGAAGAGCUAUUUGACACUACUUCAGAUGGUGAUGAUGAACAGUAUAAAUUGGAUUUCUUGGUCAAAAGGGAUAAAGCAGCUUACUCACUGGAAGAGAAAAUGGAGGAUCUGAAUAGCGAGAUAUAUAUUUACAAGACACAGCAAGAAGACAUGCAAAUGAAAAUGAAGAAGCUUGACUUGGACCAUGAGAAUCCCAAACAAGAAAACAAUAAUCUAUAUUCAAAGCUUGAGCAAGCACAACCACAAGAUAAUAUGGGACAUGACAACUCCGAGCAUUUAAUUACUGCCAAUUACCUUGAAGACCAAGUCAAAACCUUGAAAAAAGAGCUUCAAGAACAAUCUAGAGCAUAUGAAGCUAAUCUAGAAGACAUCAUGAAAGCAAAGCUUCAGGAAGAGAAGAGAGCCACACAAGCUGAGGAGAGACUACAGUUGACUAUAUCAAAUAAUGUAAACAUUGCUGAGAAACUUCAAGAGGAAUUUAUAACACUUGCAAGAGAAAUGUCAUCUACAUUUCACAUAAAUGAGAAGAUAGCUAUUCAAGCUCUGGCUGAAGCUAAUGAAAUGCAAUCGCAGAAAUGUCAUCUAGAAAAUCUGCUAGAGCAAACUAAAGAAGAUUUCACUAUGUUGCAGCAUGGAUAUGACGUGAAACUCAUGGAACUAUCAGACUCCGUAGAUUCCAGAACAAAAGAAAUUGAAAGGUUGCUCAAGAACCUCAAAGCAAAGUCUGAGGAGAAUGACAAUCAAAAGAAAUCUGAGGAAAUAAAACUAAAAGCCCUGACAGAAGAAAUUCUAAUGCUAGAAACCAAGGUCAAAAAGCUAUCAGCCGAGAAAGUUCAACUUUCUGAAUGGAUGGGACAGAACCAAAGAUUAGCAACAGAGAUGGAACAGUUAAAGAUGUCCAAUAAAGAAAUUGAGACAAAAUUACACGAGAGAAGCUUGGAAAAAGAGAUGCUUGACAGCGAACUGUCUUCAAUGAAGGGCAAAGCCACAGAAUCAGAGAAAGAUCUACAAAAACUGCAGCAAUUGCUGAAAGACAAGGAUAUAAUAAUAAAAAAUCUAAACGCUGACGUUGCGAUGCUUAGAGAAAGGUCCCAAGUCUCAAACAAUCUAUUAGUUGAGGAUGAGAUGGAAACCGAAAAUUUAAGGAAACAGACCUUUCACUUACAAAGUGACCUGAGGAAAAGGGAUGAGAAAAUUACAAGUCUUGAGAAAAAGCUCAAGGAAAGAACAAGCUCUGCAAAUUCAAAAGCUAACGUGAAGAUAGCAAUUGAAAGUAAAAAAACUUAUAAACCUGACUCAACAUCCCAAGGCUCCAAAGAAGUUACAAUUUUACAUCAGAAAAUUAAACUUCUCGAGGCAAGUCUGUUGUUUAAGAACAGUGAGCUAGAGGAAACAAGAACCUCGUUUCUACAAGAAGAGAAGAAUCUAAACCAUAGGAUUGAAGAAUUGGAGAAGAAAGUUUGUCAAUGCAAAAAGCAGGUACAAGCAUAUGAUAAAGUAGAAUAAUGAUGGUCUCUAUUUUUUCACAAAUUUAGCAUCAUCUCUUCAAUCUUACAAGUUAAUGGAAGGAAGGUAACAUUGAUUAUGACAAUAUUUCCUUCUAUCAUGCUAAAGUACAUUCAAUAUAUUUCUCAAACGAUUAUAAUUUAUAAAAAUAAAAUACAAAAAGAAAACAAUGAAAGUUAUGAAACUCAUCUUUCAAGCAAGGCUUGAAAUCCAAGCCCAAUUUCAAGGACAUUUUUCUUGCAUGCAUUCCUAUAGAUACUAUAAAAGAGAGAACAAAAAAAAAAUACUUAUUGAUCCUUGACCUAUUUUUUACAUAGAUGUUGCAGGAGAUAUCAUGCCAUAGAAAAGGUAUAUUAAAGAAGUAUAAUGUAGCUAACCAGCACCAAAGUGCAUAUGAAUUCAAAUGUAAAUAUUUAUCUAUCAUCAGAAGAGCGAAGUAACAGAAUAAGUAUAUAUUAUGAUUUGACUUCGCUUCCCCAUUCCUUCCAUCUUCAGCUGGGAAAGAGGAUUAGAUGGUACAUUAUUGGAUCAAAUACGAUCCCAAAACAAACCAGGCUCAUUGAGAUGAACAAACAAUAAUUCCACUAGUCAGUUUUAGGUGUGCGUGUGAGUGUACUGCUAUCAGCAACCGCACUUACUACAAUAAAAAAACUAAUUCCUAACCAAGCCACUUUUGUGCGUGCUCAACCUGAUCUGUUAAAACCAUGAGAGACCGAUUGUGCUUGAUGUUUAACUUUCUUUGCCAUCCAAAUACCAGCUAACCAAAUAAUCUUUAGGUCUUAUUUUUUUAUAAGAAAUUGCAAAGCAAGAGCUCAUAACCAUGUUAAUGAAGGUUCAAGAGCACCUUUGAAACUCUCUAGAAUUGAAGAUAGUUAUAAAAUAUCUAUCAAGAAAUUGCCAAAGUAUCCCACAAUAUAGCAAACAUAUUUUCAAUUUUUUUGAACCACAACAUAAGAACUUUAUUUCAGGACUAAGAUCCACUAUAUUUCUAAUGUUCAACUCUGUAGGUUAAGUAUCAAACAAACUUUUUAUGGUUUGUAGUUCUUGCAUUUUUAAUAGGAGAAUUGAAACACAUCCAUUAAUAAUGGAAUAUGCAUUUACUCAUACAUUUUGACGUAGAAAUUGAAUCAGAAACUAUCAUAAACCUUAUUUCCUCUAUUUAGGAUCGACCUUAUAAAUCAUCAUUCUCCAUUAAUUCUUGAUAAGUGCUGCAAGAGAUGAACAAUCCAUUCCAUCAAAUGUUUUGCGCAAAUUAUAUCCAUGUUAUAUUUGGUGUAAUAAUUUUAUAUAUCCAUAUUAUGGGUUGUAUAUGAGCAAAAGUAUUAAAGCUUAUUUUUCA